AUGUUGUGUCAUCAGUUAGCCGCAUUUACUAUUCUCAGCCUGGCUUUGAUCAAGCUGCAUUUAGUUGUAGUUAGCAGUCAGUCCGUUGCGGCCAGCUGUGACACGGAGUUCACCCAGGUGGGCGACAAGUGUGUGCUACAUGAGAGCAAUGCACAAAACUGGUUCGAGGCGUAUCGCAACUGUCGCUCCAAGGGCGCCAGACUACUUACCCUGGAUAACGACUCACAGCUGGAGCAGAUAAACAAUUGGCUGAAUGAGUAUCGCAGCGAUGUCUGGACCUCGGGCAACAAUCUGAGCAACAAGGGUGCUUACUACUGGCAGAGCACGGGCAAGCUGGCGAGCUAUCUGCCCUGGAGCACGGGUCAGCCUCAAGCUGCAAAUGGCGAUUGUCUGCUUCUCUUGGCUGACCACAGUUUGCUAGUACUUGACUACCGACUAGCGGUCGAGAAUUGCUCUACGCUGGCGCCCUACAUUUGCGAACAGGAGCCACGCGCCUUUGAGACGCGAGUUUGCCUGAAGCCAACUGCCUUUGAUACGGCGCAAGUUGUUGUCAAUUAA